GCCGAAAUGAUUUAUCUAGUGGUCUGUGUAUUGUAUUGAACACAUAUCUAGCUAUUUGAAUUGUUUAUACAUGUAGGCAAUCUUAUGAAAUACAAUGUAAAUAACAGAAAAAUAUAUAAAUUACCUCUACAGAAAUGUGUGAAACGUAAAACAAAUGUAAUUAAUCUAGGAAUUCCACAAGUCACAUUUCUCCAUCAAAAAAAGUGAAGAAAAACAUUUUCCCCAACAGCCACAAUAAAGAAUAAUCAAACGGAAUAACAUUACACCAAACAUCUGAGUAGGCUCCAAUUCUGAAUCCAAAGCCAUUCAUAUUACAUCUGUUUUGCAUCCAGACAAUCUUUGCUUUUUUUCCGCGUAGAAAUGACACCAUCUGGUGGGAGACAACGGAUUUUUUACUUGCCCGUGGUUCUUCUAUCACUCGCAUUCUGAUUGUUCUCUGUGUUCCCAGGUCUCCGCUCUACGCAGCUGGUAUCCGGCUGCAAAAGCGUUGCUAGGAUACAUUGCAACAAAUGUGUCCAUCGUUACUGGAUAGUCCUACAGAAAACAUUCCGUGAAAGGCACUUUUUUUUUUACACCAUGACGUAAAACUGUCUAGUGACAACAAGAAAAGUGCCAUGCAACUUUCUCGCUAGCAGUUGAGGAAAAAAAAGCAAUGCAACCACCAGAUCUUCGACAAGUCACUGUUUUGCCCAAAGCCGAAUGGCUCCGAAUUCAAGGUAGUUUGAAUCACGGGAAUAAAUACAACGAGAGUCUAAAGGAAGCAACCCAACAACGAGAAGCUAUGCACCUGAGGUCCAAGGAGGUGGUAAAAUUCUGGUCUAACACAAUAGCUGGACAAAGACAAAAGAAACUGGAGGCAAAGAGGAUUCGGGAGGAACUUGAAGAAGAUGAGAAGAAACAGAUGGAUAUUGAGGAGGCUAAAUAUCAGGCGCAAAAGAGGAAAGAAGCUAUUGAAAAGGCCAAAACUCAACAGUACUACGAGACUGAUCGUGUGAAAGGAUUUCAUCGUGCACUCUUGCUGACAGAAGUCCUGAAGGAAAGGGAGGCCCAGAUAGAACUGAAGCAGAGAAAGCAGGAUACCUCCAAAGAUGUGGACAAGGAAAUCAUGGCUAUCAUUAAGUGUAGAGAGGAUGAAGCUUUGCAAAAGGAGAAGCAGAAAGCUUUGCAGAGGAAGCUUGACAUCCAGGCCACAGCAGAAGACUUAAAACAGCAGGUAAAGGAACAUGAGAUGAAUAGAGAACGGGAGAAACUGGAAAACAAGAAAGAGGCUGAGGAACUCCAGCGACUAAAAGAGCUUUUUCUGUGGGAGCAAUGCAUGCAGGAGCAAAAGAAAGAGGAGCAGAAGAGAAAUACCAUGAAAGCUCACAUGGAGCAUCUCUCUAACAGAGAUAUCAUUAGAGCAAUAGAGGCACAAAAGCAAGAGAUGGAAGAGGAGCGCAGGAGGCUUUUUGCAAAUGCAAAACAGAAAAUGGUGAAGUUGAGGAAAGACAAAGAGGAAGAGAUGUUCAGAGAGGUCCAAAUUCACAGGGGGGGGAUCAUGAAUAAACUGGCUGCAAAACAGCAGGAGCAGACGGAAAAUGAGGAACUCAUCGCCAAGGCUAUUGCUCAACGGGAUGCCAGACAGGCACAGCAGCAGAAGGAGAAAGAUGACAAGAGGAUGGCUAUGCUGGACUCAAUUGCCUCACACAGAGAAGCCAUGAAAGUAGAACAGGAGCAGAAGGAAAGAGAACACAACGAGAGAGCUAUUGACAUGCUUUAUGCCAAGAAAGAAGCAGACAGAAUAUUUAUUGAAAAACAACACCUGAAGGCACUGAAAAUGAAAGAGGAUGGAAGAACUUUACAAGACGUCUACAUUCAUCAAAUGGCUGAAAAACGAGCCAAGGAACAGCACACAAGAAAGCAACAACAGGACUUUGAGACCAAAAAUGCAGAGCUCAUUGCUGUGGAGGAGAAGCAGUUCCAGCAGUAUGCAAACAAUGUGAUCGAUACAGCCACCGAGGCCAAGAGAAAUAUUCACCCACUCCGCAAAGCUGCCAGGGAGGGAAUUGGAGGUGGUCUUGGCCCCAUCUUUGGAGGAGUGAGGCCAAGUUACUUGGUUCAAGAUGACACUGGUGUCCAGAUGCCCAAUUACGUCAGCAGUAGAUCUCAGGACAUCAAAGAGCUGAAUGAGACGCGUGAUAUUCAGCAAUCCAAGAAAAGACUUGGAUUCACAUGGUAGAUGUCUGUUAAAAAGAGUAACAUGGUCAGGUGAAGCAUGAUUAGAAAAACAAUAAACCAAUGGAAUUCAGCAUUUCCUAAGCAUUUAUGAUAUACCCCCUAUUAUGUCAUUUAUUUCACACUCAAAAAACCCACACUUGAUAGGCAAGUACUUGACUGACCUAGUGGGAUGAUUGCAGUCUUUUCAGCGCUCAAAGAUGAUUCAUCUCAGAAAUAUGGAAAUGUAGAGUGUAUAACUGUCUCUGAAAUUAGAUUUUUAGUUUUGUUAUUUUACAUAAUAUACAUACACACAAUUCAAUUAAAACUCGUGCACAAAUUGGGAAACUGCUGAUAAUUUCUAGCCUGGUCCUAGAUCUGUACCUACAUGACAAAGAUAGUCAAGAGUUGGCUAAAGCACAGAUCUGGGACCAGGACAUAUAGUGCAAUGGUUUCAUUUUAAUACAUAAGAUUCACCCAGAUUAAAAUGUGACAUGUCAAUGUUAUCUUUAUAUCUAUUGUAUCAGUUCACGCUUGUGAAACAUUAUAAUAAACAAUCUAUAGGCAAUAAAACAACCAUUUUAACCAUA